AUGCCCGAUGACCAAGUUAAAGAUCGUGGUGCUCAAAUUGAUGCUUUACAUUGCUGUGCCAACAUGCUUCGAGGGAUGCGGACGUCCGAUCUCUCACCAAAAGCAUACUAUGAAUUAUACAUUAAGACCACCGAAGUUCUGAACGACUUAGAGUUCCAACUCACGGAAGACUUUAAGCAAGGGAGGCCAUUGCCUCAUCUGUAUGAGACUGUUCAGUAUGUGGCCAGCAUCGUGCCAAGACUGUAUCUGCUAAUCACAAUUGGAGUCGUGCAAAUUAAGUCGAAGGAGCUGCCCUGUCGUGAAGUUCUUCAUGAUCUGGUUGAAAUGUGUCGGGGUGUCCAGCAUCCUAUGCGUGGUCUCUUCCUUCGCAAUUACCUUCUAUCGUCCAUUCGACCAGGCCUUCUGCCCGAUGCCGACUUACCUCUACCACCGCACGGAGCAACCCAGGAUGGUGAUUUGCCCACCGCAAACUGUGAGGGAGCAAGGGAGGAUGGCACUGAUAGCGGUACUGUGUUGGACAGCGUAAACUUCAUCCUUAUCAACUUUGCUGAGAUGAACAAACUGUGGGUGCGCAUGCAACAUCAGGGUCAUACACGGGAUCGCGAACGCAGAGAGCAGGAAAGGCGUGAUCUACGCGUUCUCGUCGGCGCCAAUAUCCAUCGCAUCUCUCAAUUGGAGUCUGUCUCCAUUGAACUCUACAGCAGGGUAGGUUAG